AUGAGUUCAGUACCAGAAACUUCAGAAAGAUCUGCUAUGGUUACGUUACCGGAUUUCAUAGCAUUGGGAGCUCAGUUAAGUAAGGUACCUGGCAAGUUCAAUGAGUUAAGUGCUGAAAUGGCCGCACAGAGGCGUGUAAUUGAUCAGUUGGUCGCAAGCAACAGUAGUGGUGGUGUCCCCAACGACCAAGAACCUAUCGAUAAUCACCCACCUGCACAAGACUAUCAACCACCCCACAUAUCCAAUACCCAAACAACUUUCCUUUCUCCUUUCGCCAAUCCUCUUGAAAAUACCUUUAUUCGACUAAAUUCAGACUUUUCCUAUAUGCAUCCAAAUUAUAUAUUGGUGAAUCCAACCAGUAGUCAAAUCCCUCAAACUCAUCCGCAAACCAAUCUGAACGUUCUCCCCAAUCCUCAGGGACCCCACCACCACAUUGCAAAGCCUUUUGUACUGGAUACGGCAUCUCAAGGGAAGGCGGUGAUAGAAGAACAAUUUACACCCAUUGACAAGGAUCUAUUAAGAAGAUAUUCAGCUACCGUUGGGAUUCAAACUCCCAAAUUCAGCAAGUAUGAUGGAACUGAAAAUCCUAAGACGCAUCUCAAGAUAUUGACCAACAAGUUAGGUAAACCCGUGGAUGAUGAGAAUUUACCUAUGCGCCUAUUUCCGGAAAGUUUGGAGAGAGAUGCUCUAGAUUGGUAUUCAAAUUUGAAGUCUGGAGAAGUCAAAACCUGGUUGGAUCUAUCAACAGCUUUUGUGAAGCAAUAUGAAUUUAACUAUGAGUUGGCACCAACACGAACCACACUGGAGGGUACGAAAAGAAAGCCGUCGGAAGAUCACAAGACCUAUGCAAAGCGGUGGAGAAAGUUAGCUGCCAAAGUGGAGUCUCCUAUGACUGAAGAAGAGAUUGUUCGUACUUUUAUCAAGACUCACGAUCCACCCUAUUUUGAAGAGAUCUUUCGCAUGACUGGAAGUUCGUUUGCUGCUAUCAUUAACAAGUUGGAGGAGUAUGAUGAAUUUGUCAAAGUAGGGAAGAUUGUUAAUGUGUCUGCAUUAAAGUUGCAAUUGGAUGCUCUACAAAAUCAAAGCAACAAUGAGAAAAAGCCUCCAUUUAAAAAGAAAGAAGGAGAAACUGCUUUUAUAUGGGAUCAAGACCCGUCUUUCAGACCCAGAAACCAUCCUACCUAUUCUUUUCCUUACCCGUAUUACACCAAUCCUCAACCAGUCUACCACACUACUACCCAACUUCAUCAUUCCCGACCAAGUCACUUGAAUACCUUACCAUUACCUCCAACACCACAACCUAACUUUCAAAAUCACACUCGUCCCAUUUACCAUCCCAGAAAAAUCUUGCAAAAUAAUAACCCUUCUCAAAAUUCUUUUCAAACAAGUGGAAUUCAAACUCAGAAGCAAUUUCAAACCUUCACCAACUUAGACCGACCAAUUGAUCAAUUAUAUGAGCAGUUAAAAGCAGCUGGAAAAAUUGGCACCGUUCAUCCCAAAGGCAUUCCUCCAGGUUAUGAUACGCAAGGAAUUUGUGCUUAUCAUUCUGGAAGUCCAGGUCAUACCACUGGCAAUUGUUGGGCUUUAAAACAUAAGAUUCAAGAUAUGAUUGAUUCUGGAGGCAUCCUUCUCAAAAGAAAGGAAGAACAAGAACCGAAUGUCAGUAAAAAUCCUUUACCUGAGCACUGUGGGAGUUAUCAUCGCUGA